AUGGCCAAGGGACAACAGAAGAUUGUUGUCCCAGCUCGGGCUCGAGAAUCUUGUUUCCCACGGGGCCUUGCGAAGGCUGUCAACUUUGUGGUGCAAAUUGUCUCCUUUGGCAUACAAUUGGAGGAUCAGGAAUUUGGUCACGUUAUCGAAGGGGAGGCAGUUCUCUCUGUGAAGCUUGGAAAGACUCGACAGCUGGAGGGUCUGCCGGUGGAGGUGGAUGGGCUGGCUGGUCUGGGGCAGAGGUGUGCCGGCACCGAGGGAGGCGGGAGCGGGGCCGUUGGGAGCCAGGCGGCUGAGGCGCGGAGUCUAGCAUGUUCCUGGGGUUGCUGGCGGGCGCGGGGGUGGGUGGAGACGAUCACGGUUGAGGAGGAACACACAGGCGCACUCACCGCCUUCCUCCUUCCCUUCCUCUUCCUCCCACCCCGCCCCCAGGGGGGCGGUACCCUGGUCCCUGGGGGGGAGGUCUGCACCCCCGGAGGGUGGCGGCCCGGAAGGAGGGCUAAGGUUGGGGCUGCAGCGGUGGGUGGCGGACGCCACGGGCCCCUCCCCCGCGCUCCCUUGCUGCCUCCCCUUGCUCCCCGCCCCUCCUCCUCUCUAUCCUCUCCAUCCUCCCCAUCCUCCUCCUGGUCCCCGGCAACCGCGGCUAGGGGAGCAGCCGGCGGCACCCGGGCCGCUCAGCCUUUGUCUCGGGCCGCCGGACGCGCCGGGCCCAGCGCAGCAGGCCACGCGGGGACGGCGGAGCCUGCGAGGACUGUCAGUCAUGGAAAAACGGGAGAAGAGCCGGCCCAGCGUCACCGCCACCACUGUCACCACCAUCACCAUCACCACCACCAUCACUGGUCGUCGCCCAUCCCACCACCCCGCCUCAUCCCCCAUCUCAUCUCCCCGCGCACCGCCAACUUUGUCAGACCAUUUCCUUUGCAUCGGGUAAUACUUGGACAGAAUGAUCGCGAGUGAGCGCGGCUGCUGUGGGAUGUUUAUCCAACAGGCCACUGGGCUGCCUCGGUUUUCCUGUCAGGGAAAGGGGCCUGCGAUGCCGCCUUUGCAUAGCCACUAAGGUGGCUCGAUGUCCGGCUGUUUAAUCCUGGUGCUAGAAGGGACAGAGACAUGUCUCACUUGUUAACGACCAAAGAGACACCAUAGUAAUGUCUUCAUCAAACCAGAGAUUUGGGGUUUAAAACUUCAUCUCUUAUCUCUUAAGUGUCAAAGUAUUAAUGACAAAUGAAAACUUAAAGAAAUGAAACUUUGACCAAACUAUUCCAAGAAAGAAGCAAAAUCAGGUAUUUUGUAGGAAAAUCACUUCAGCUUGCUAAGGGCAGUCUUGGUCCGCCGUUAGUGCUGGAUCUCUGGUGAGGCUCAUUAUUUUGGAUGCAUAGCGUGUACCCCCGGGUGCUUUUCACAACCACCGGAAGAAUGUCUUAAUUACUGGGUUUCAAAAACUGUCUUUUGCCAACUCAGCACAGAAGAGUGGGGGCAAACAUUCCUAGAGUGGGCCUGGGCACCUGCCUUCUUUUGAAGACACAGUAAGAUCCUAAGCCCAUUCUUUAUUUCCCUUCUUGUUAUUGGAAUUUUAGGGAAACCCCAUUUGGGUUGCCACAUGGUAAGGGGUCAAUAGGGAUUCCUUUUUAAGAUUCUUAAUCUUGUUAAUAAAAAAAAAUGCAAGAAUGAACUCAGAAGGAAACUCGAGGACAAUUUUGAGUUUUAUUUUAUUUGAACUCCAGGGCAAGCAAGGUGUAAAUCUCAGCAGCUUCCAGGAAGAGGAUGGAGAAGAGGUAGAGACGGCUCUCCUAUACAACAGAAGUGGGACUCAGGGACAGCUUCAGAAAAGGGGUGUGAGGAAGUGCAGUGUGUUCAGGGCAGCAUCCUCGGGCUUUUGGGAAGACUCUGAAAGAAGGAAAAAGAUAAAAAAGAAGGGAGAAGCAAAAGUUAGGUUUUUCCAAGUAAUUGAGAAAACCGAGCAAAUCAUAGCAGGGGCCACACAGCCAGGAGUUUCUGGUAAGACUAAGUCCAUUAUCUCAAGAAGAAAUAUUUAUUCCUCCCAUGUCUUUGGCAUGCUUUAAAGCAAAUCUGCCUUCCUGAGGGUUGAUCUCUUUGGUUAGGUGACCAACAGGCCUGGCUGGAUUAACUUUUGUGUUCUGGCUAGCUUGGAAUCUUUGGUCUCCAUCCAAGGCCAGGGGUAGAGCCGACUCUAUUCCAGGAGGAAAUAUCUUCUCCUUAAUGGCCUUGAUAUAUCCUUGAUUCAGGCUUCGAUAGUAGCCUGUCCUCAGAAGAGGUAGCCCUAGGUCUGUGAGGGUGGCCCUCAUGAUGUGGUUCACCCUGUAUCCUGUACCAAAUAGGAAAAAAUGGCGCUGUUAUAAAUAACGUAGGGGCAAGAGCAGUCAGCAUGCUUUGUGUAUGUGUGCGAAACUGUCCAUGGACAGACUUUUAACUCAUCAAAAAGAGAAAUAAUUUUACGACAUAAAAUAAUAAUAACAAUAAUAAAGAUCCAGCUGAGCCGUACUUGUCACUGGCAUAGUUGGAAAUACCUCCGAUCUUGAAGUGUAAUUGUGCCUCAUGGACUCAGACCUCCGCAGUUUAUGAAAUGGGGUUUCAAAGUAGUAUUUUUGUGGAGAAAGGUUUUUCUUGUCUAAAAAGUGU